CCCUGUGGCAACACAUGUGUUAGUGUAGAACUAUUCUUAUUCUGCUUCGGAGUGCUGACGCUUCGGCUUUGUGGAAACUGUGAAAUUAAUGCACACUCACUACUCGCCCGAGAACAUCUGGACCAAAGUACGCGAAGAUAAACAGUAAAUGGGAAAGCAAGAGCCGCGCACUUUCGAAUUUUUUUAAAAACAAAGUCGUAAAUGUACAUGUACUAUCACAGCAGUACACUUUUAACUGAUAUCGAUGUACAACGUGUUCGAUACAAGACAUAAAGAUGUUGCAGUUUUGAAAACCGGUCUGAUUUUAAAAUGGCACCAACACACCUAACUCGCGUUGUCGAUGGACUCACCGAGUAAAAAGUUUUCGUGACACUAAAUUUGAUGGAAAUUGUGCUCAGUAAUUUAAUUUAAUUUUUUUGGUCGCUAACCGUUGAAUGGUAUUGGUAAUCGAAUUGCAUCGAUAUUAUGAAAAAGUAGGGGGCUUUGAUAGCCUGCGGCUUUAAAUCUUUUUUUUUUUUCAUCAAAAGUGAGCGGCUCAAGGUCUCCCAGAAAACAAAAUUGGUAGUCUAAUAGUAAUUUAUCAAAUGUUGACAGUCACAGUCUAAACGCUGCUCAGCUAUAAAGACUCUACGGUCCCGAAACAGUGUGCUGUGAAAUUCACAUAAUUCAAGAUGGUGUGAUAAGCCGUCGAACUCCCAAGUGCAAGUCCCACACCUCGUCCCCCGAUUUUCACCUGUGCCGUGUGUAGGUGUAAGGUCGAGUGUCGGUGUGUCAGUGUGUCAGUGUGUCGGAGUGUGUGUCGCAAUAAUAUGACGUCUCCGCGAUACAACCUGGUGCUGGUGAGGCACGGGGAGAGCACCUACAACCGGGCCAACCUCUUCACGGGCUGGCACGACGCUGACCUCUCGGACACUGGGGUCAAGGAGGCCAUCUAUAGCGGACAGCUACUGAAGCGGCACGGGUUCGAUUUCGACAUAGCGUUCACGAGCGUGCUGAAGCGAGCGGUGAAGACUCUGCACUUUAUCCAGGAGGAGCUAGAUGCCCUUUGGGUUCCCGUGGUGAGAAGCUGGAGACUAAACGAGAGGCAUUAUGGGAUACUGCAAGGGCUCAACAAAGCCAGCACAGUGACUAGCUACGGGGAGGAACAGGUGCAUAAAUGGCGUCGGUCGUUCCGCACGGCCCCUCCAGCACUAGAACCCACUGAUGACCGAUCUUCUCAAGGGAGACCACCUUACACCAACCUGGAGCCGGGUGUCGUUCCCGCCACAGAAAGUCUCCAGGACGCCAUGGCCCGCUGCUUGCCCUUCUGGUAUGACCAUAUAGCUCCAGCAAUCAAGAGCGGCAAGCGGGUGCUCAUAGCGUCUCACGAGAACACACUGAGGGGACUGAUCACUCACCUUGGUGCCUUGUCCAACACAGACUGCUCAGACUUCCGCAUGCCCAACGCGAUACCUUUAGUGUGUGAACUGGACGAGGAUCUCCACCCGAUAAGACAUUACUUCCUGGCAACACCAGAAGAGAUGGAGACAGCGCGAACCAAUUGGCCAGCCAAUGAAAUGCAAAAUACCAUGUGAUUCCUUUAUAACGAUAUGUGAUGAGAUUAGCACGAUAUGCAUUUUUAUAAGUUAGCAUUCUUGGCUGUAAAUCUUUUAUUCAACAACUCCAUUUCCAUAACGUCUUUUGCUCAAACAAAUAUAGGUAUAGCUUGCAGUACGUUGCUUCCAGUAAGUCUUGGAACCUCGGAACUCAAGGUAUUUUUAUAAGCUGUACAUGACAUGUGAAUGACACUGUUAUUUAGCACAUUUUUAAAAGCUGUACAUAACACGGUACUUUUAUUUGGAAAAGUGAUGGUCAGGAGAAGGCUUUUGGCAGAGUCCGCUGUGGCAAACUAUGGAAAACACUAGAGCAAAGGAUAAUCACUGGACGACGCGUGAGCUCUGUACACCAAAAGCGGAAGCUUAAUAAGAACGAAAAAAGGCAACACAAACUGGUUCACAGUACUUUGGGAUUACAACAUGGACGUGUUUUAUCUAUGGGGACAAAAUAACACAAGACCUAAACUAAAACUCAAAAAAGCUAAAAUGAAUUUCUCUUUGCAGACGACCUGUAUCUCAUUCAACACACCAAAGAACUUUAUUAUAUUAUAAAACCUCCCAAGUCACACCGCCGAAGUCAACAACACCUGUGGGAGAAUAAACACUUCAAAAACAGAAGUCACGAAAGUCUGCCGAAAUUAUUGUCCCCAAAACAUUUGUGUGAAGAGCAGAUCAUUGAUAGUUCCUACAAUAAUAAUAUGACCGAAACGUGUGACUUUUAUAUUACUUUAGAAUCCGUGUGGUAAGAAUAUUGGGGUUUAGGUUCUGAAAAACUGUUAAAGUUUUGCCUCGCAUACCCUAUGCAAAUUAAAUUUACAUAUUUGUCGCACGGCUGCCAAGUAUAACGGCACUUGGCUGUGAAGAGACGAGAACGGGUGAACAUUGCUUUGUUUUCAAACUCGUAGUCGAGCGGCGAGUGGAAAUCUUCUUAGUGUGCGCAAGGCCUUACAAUUACAACGUCUCCGCAGAAGACAAAAUUUAAUUCUAUAAAUAUAAUGUAAUCAGGAGACACAUUUGCUCACAUAACAUUUCUUUAAUUGCAAUGGAAGGAAGAUGUAUGCCCGGUGAACGAAAUAGCCAAGCUCAAAGAUGUACUUAAUGCGACUUUUUUGAAACUGAGAGAGUAACACCACAACCAAUUUUAUACUUGUACAUUUGUUUCGCUACCUCUUGUUUAUAAAUAAAUGUAGAACAAAA